AAACGGAAGCAGAUAUUUUUCACUUGGUUCAAUCUUAAAAAUAGAAUAAAAACAUCACAAUAACAAGCCAAAAUAAAAAAAAUAUAAAAAUAACAAAUGGUGUCCAUGAGAGCGACCACCGUGACGUCUGAACAUCGAUGACAGCCCGCACUGUAUGCGGCCCAUGUACCGUAUUAUCAACCAAAACAAAACGUACGCAUGCGAGUCUGUGUAUUUUGUUUCGAAACGCAGCAAAAACGUAAUAUUCCGCUCGCGCCACAAAACCGUGCAAUCGCGUGAACGCCACAGACCAUCCUUAUCAGCGCAGUGUAAACAAAGCCGCGAGACGAGCGAAAAAAAAAUCAAUUCAAAAAAGUUUGAGCGCGCGCACAAGGGCGGCGCAAAAAGCGUGCCCAAAAUUCGGUCGUCCUCGGCACAGGACAAAGAGCAGCUAGCUAGCGGGUCAAUACGGUACCAAACAAAUGGCAGAAAAAUUCACAACACAGCGCGACACGUAACGGAUGGACCCCGAACCGGGCGGACGGACGGACGGACGGACAGCGCCGGUCUGAUCGAUAAUCCCCCGUACCGUGGUGCUGUGUGCAUCCUGCCUUUUGUUUUGUACGUGUGUGCAGCAGCGCAGUAUGAAUUUAAUAAUAUCUUCUGAAGGAACUCGAAAACAAACGGUGUGAGGAACUGCCGGAAGGAAAGCAACCUGCUGUCGUUUGCUGAAUGGGCAGAGUGCACUAAUAAUGAAACCGAACGACAGUCUCAAAACAACCGCAGAGAAUCAUAAACCAGCCGACGGCAGUCCGUUAAAGCUCGUGAGCAAACAGUUCCUCUGCGGCACACCGGUUCGAUCGAUCCGGUGGCAUGGUCUGUUUGAACGCGAACUAAGCUGGGACGAGCAGGCAGCCCUGCUGGACGCGACGGUAGAUCAUCCACUGGUUCUACGGUACCCGCUCGGUGCCGAGUACCAGGCGGCCUUCCUAAAGCACAUCAUCGCCCAGCUGUCCAGCAUGAACGUUGAGCAUCACGAUCGGAUGUACGAGAAGUAUUGCGCGAUGCUUUCACCCGGCACGGAACUACCCUUGGACGACCCGUCGAUCGGGCUCAGCUACAAGCACUACGAACUGCCCCACGGACAGGGCGUUAUAUCGUUGAAGGAAUCGGGCGCGUUCGUGUCGGACGGUACGACCGGGCUGUGCAGUUGGCAGGCGGCCAAAGCACUGUGCGAACACAUAUCGAACAAUCGGGAUGAUUUCCACGGCCGGAACAUACUGGAGCUGGGGUCGGGCGUGGGUUUGUCCGGGAUUUAUCUAGCCAAGUGCUACGAACCGUCGAUCAUCGUGAUGUCGGAUUGUCACUCGUCGGUGCUGACCGCGCUGAAGGAGAACGUCAGGCUCAACUUCCCCGGUGCGGCCUCGGUCGAGUGUGACAAUCCGUUGGUUAGUUUGCUGCUCGACAGCGGCAACACGCUGAUGGGUGUGAUGGAUCUCGAUUGGCAGUACAUUAGUGCGUCCAACCUGAGCCAGCUGAUCGAACCGGACGUGAUCGUGGCGGCCGACAUCGUGUACGAUCAUACGCUGUUUCCGGCGCUGCUCUCGACGCUCAACUACAUCUUCUGUCUGUCGAACAAUCGGUGCAAGUUUGUACUGGCUUGUACCGAACGGAACCAGGACACGCUGAACGAGUUUCUGCAGCUGUUGAUCACGGCCAAGUUUCGCAUCAACGAGGAAACGGUUUCACCAUCGCGCCACUUUCACUGGGACAGCAGCGCAUCGACCAUACGGAUCUUCACCAUAACGAGAGCCUUCUCAUAAGCACCUUCUACUGCACACCGGCGGCAUGCGGAAAAUCCUUUUAACCACCUAUCGCUAGAUAUGCUUUCGUAUGAUGCUUGUCUCUUUUUUCAACAACCAACUUUAAUCAAAAAUCUAUCAUAAUCUAUUCCUAUAUUUAUUAUAAAUCGGCGCCAGAGGGACCAUCAGACGGGAAUUGCGUACACAUCAACAAUUACCUUACAUCAGCUUACACCGAAAUGACCGAAACAAAAAGACAAAACCUUAAAGUACACACACCAAAUACACACAACAUACCACAACGGAAAAUGGAACAAGUUAACCUGUUUUAUGAAGAGAGAGAGAGCAAGGAAAAAACACGUCCAGUUUAGCCCAGAAAAUAGAAAUCCAACUAUAUAUGUACGCUAGUUGAAAUAUGCUAAAUAUAUGUAUACAUAUACAUUAGUGCAAUCCUAA